CAUCAGCACACACAGGUUGUUCACCUGCACAGCAAGAGGAUGGACGCACUGUACAAGAGAGUGAACGGAAACUACGGGACAGAGGCAGGGACAGAGGAGCAGGAGACAGGGCGGAAGAGAAGGGGCUCCAUGUACCUGGAGGAGGAGACCGACAACAAGUCCGAGGUGAUCUCCUGCAUCUUCUCCCUGAAAGAGGAGGUCGGAGCUUUGGCCAAGGGCCUGAGACUCUUUGAGGAGAAGGGCAUCAACCUGACGCACAUCGAGUCCCGUCCAUCGCGGACGAACAAAGACGAAUAUGAGUUCUUCAUCAGUGUGGACUCCACCUGCUCUCAGGCCCUGGAUGAGGUCAUCGACGGCCUGCGUACACAGAUCAGUGGCCACGUGCAUGAGCUGUCACGCAACAAAGAGAAGGACACAGUGCCCUGGUUCCCUAAUGACAUUCAGGACUUGGACCGUUUUGCCAACCAGAUCCUCAGUUACGGCUCCGAGCUGGACGCUGAUCACCCUGGCUUCACAGAUCCAGUGUACAGAACCCGCAGGAAGGAGUUUGCUGACAUCGCCUACAACUACAGACAUGGCCAAGUCAUCCCCCGGGUGGAGUACACAGAGGAGGAGAAGGUCACAUGGGGGACAGUGUUUAAGGAGCUGAAGACUCUGUACCCGACUCACGCCUGCCGUGAACACAACCGUGUCUUCCCCCUGCUGGAGAAAUACUGCGGCUACAGGCAGGACAACAUCCCACAGCUGGAGGACGUGUCCCGCUUCCUGCAGUCGUGCACAGGUUUCCGGCUUCGCCCCGUGGCCGGUCUGCUCUCAUCCCGAGACUUCCUGGCAGGACUCGCCUUCCGCGUCUUUCAUUCCACGCAGUACAUUCGUCACGGCUCCAAGCCCACGUACACACCUGAGCCGGAUAUCUGCCAUGAGCUCCUGGGACACGUUCCUCUGUUCGCUGACUCCAGUUUCGCCCAAUUCUCACAGGAAAUCGGUCUCGCCUCCCUCGGAGCCCCUGAUGAGUUCAUUGAGAAACUUGCUACUGUGUACUGGUUCACCGUGGAGUUUGGCCUGUGUAAGCAGGGCUCGGAGAUCAAAGCGUACGGAGCUGGCUUGCUUUCAUCCUUCGGAGAGCUGCAGUACUGCCUGACAGACAAGCCCAAAAUCCUGCCCUUUGACCCCGCCAAGACCAGCCUCCAGAAAUACCCAAUCACAGAGUACCAGCCUGUUUACUUUGUGGCUGAGAGCUUUGAGGACGCCAAAGAGAAAGUGAGGAAAUUUGCAGCCACCAUCCCAAAACCUUUCACAGUGCGCUACAACCCCUACACCCAGAGUAUUGAAGUGCUGGACAACACCAAGCAGCUCAGGAACCUGGCCGACAGCAUCAACAGUGAACUGGGGAAACUGUGCGAAGCCCUGCGGAAACUGGAGUAACUGCACGUGUGAUCUGAGCCGCAGCUUGUUAUGAGGCUGCGUGUGGUUCUGCUUAGCAUGCUUGCAAAUUAGCUUUCUUUGUAUUAAAACAAAUAUGCAAGACAAAUAAUGGCAAUAUUACUGUAAUCCAAUUAGUACUUUAGUUAAGUGAAUAAAAUGUAGCCUGUUACUCAUUUAGGAUGAUAAUGAAUGUAUUUACUGUCAAUUUUAUUACAGUCUUAGUGUUAUUAAGCAAUGUGUUUUUCAAAAUAAGAGGGUUUUGUCAGUAAACAUCUUUUCAGUGGUUUAAAUGAAUUAAAA